ACGGUCAUGGCGGAAAAUUAAGUUUGGGUAACAAAAUAAAAUUUAAAGUAUAUUUAAUAGUAAUGAAUACCUAAUCAUAAGACCGAGCGGAAAACAACAGUCAUGGGAAGUCAACAAAUGUACCUGGUAGAGAUAUUCAUAGAUCAAAUAUCGGUACUUCUUGCCGAAGGCGAAGAAAGCAAUAAAAAUCUUAUCAUUAAAAUAAUAUUUGGGCCAGGUGUAGAAUUCAUCGUAAAAGAAAACCAAUUAGCUACAUCCCCCAAUAGAGACAUUGUUGGAGAACAAGAUGAAAAUGGUCGAAGAAAAUGGACGAAAGAGAUCAGAGUAGGUAAAUCGUAUUUGUUCCCGUCGUAUCCCGAAAUUGUAAUCGAUCAUUUUAGGAAAUAUCCACUACAAAUGGAAGUUUGGAAUGACGAUAAAAAGGAAGAAAAUCAGAUAUUUGUUGGAAUAGGAAGAACGGAAUAUGACACCGCAUUUACCGUGUACUUAAAAGAUACCGAGGGAAUUUGCGAGCCGCACCCGUCAAUGUCUAUUAAAACGAAUAUGACAAUAUACGCAGAAUGCUGUUGCGUAAUAGUUGGCGAAAUUACGUAUAUCAUAAGACUUAGUGCGUUAGGUGACAAUAUUGUCACUGACUUUCAGCAGAUUCUCAAUGACCCAGAGAACUUCGUUUUUCGUACUGAUAAAGCUCCUAGCUUAUUCCAAUGUAGCCGGAUUGAGGGUGAGGAGAAUAAAUAUGUAAUGUCAGGAGGUCUUUACGAGCUUGCCGUAGCUGAAGGUCCAUAUGCAGUAUCUAGCAUCAACAAGGAUAUUGAUAUAUGUACUGAACUAGACAGUUGUGGCAUACGGAAAGGUGCUGAAUGUAAGAGUGAAUCAGUAAAACUUGAGAAAAUCAUACCUGAUACGAUAAGAAUGGGAGAUAUUACCGGGCCAUGUGGUAACCCUAGUUGUACAUUGGCGCACAAAGUUAAGGCAUACAUACGAAAUAUGCAAACAUAUAAAAAAGCAACAUCAGACGCAAUUUAUGGACUUAAGGAGGCCGACCCGACAGGUAAACUCUGCGGUCGUUGUUCAUGUAAAAAUGAUGGUCAUACUGAAGACCCGCUGCCAGGUCCAACAUCGAAAUGUCCAAGAUGUGGAGGUGUCGCACAGUAUAAUGAGACUUGUAAAGAUAGGCUGGAUAAACUAUAUGGAACUGGUGUGACUCCUAGAGGAAGCCGAACCCAUUUGAUUAAUUACAUGUUGGGUGUAACUUAUGAAAAUCCCGAAUUGAUUAAGUCUUUAUAUGAUCAGAACUUCAUUGUAGGUCAUAACACUAUAGUGAGGAAACGUUCUUGCAGUUGCCAAAAAGGUGUAUCUGAUAAUAAAUUCGCAAAUCAAAACCAAAGUACAAAGCGCGACAAAAGCUCACAGAAAAACAAGAGUUCUAGUAGCCAAAGUCAAAUUACUGGCAGCUCUACACCUAUGUCAUCAGAGGUCUAUACGGACACUAUAUCAGCAAUUCCCCGUGAAAAUAUUAUAAACAUUUAUAAUGCUGAAUUACUGACAAAUAAAGGACGGACAAUCAAUAAUUUCUGCACAGUUAUACCCGACGACAAGGAGUGUAAAUGUAAUCCACCUAAGCCAACUGCACCGUGUAAAACUUUCGAUUGCGAGUGUAUGACAGAAACACAGGUAAAAGACACCAGAAAACACCAUAAACAGUAUUGUCCACGUUAUAUACAUAAAGAUAAUUGCCCAGUGACGAUGUUGCAAGACGAAGAGGGUGCUGGUGAAGAUGAAGAGGAAGAGUUUGAGGUUAAUCUUCCAUACGGGCUGCCUCCUGUGCAGCUGGGCCCGUGUCCAGUGAUGGGACGACCGUGUACUGUACCUGACGGUUUCGCCCGCAUGUACAAAAUUGGAGCAUUACCUAACCUGCCCCCUAGUUACGGUGAAGCAGGAAAGGUUUGCUGUUCCAAAGAGUUCGAGAGGAUAAAGAAAGCGAUCAAGGAAUAUAUGGUUAGCCACAAAGAUAAUGAUUUCCGAUGCUUAAACAGAUGGUAUGUAGACACUGAAACAAGAUGUUGUGACAAAGAACAACGUUUGUUAGCUCUCAUUGGUAAAUCUUGCUGCGGGUCACAUAAGUUAGCCCUGAACGAAAAAUACGCCGAAGAGAAAAAACCCUGAGACUUCUUAUAUUAAGUUUUAUUUUGUAACCCAUAACAAAUAAAAUCCAAUUUAAAAUCUUCCG